GCCAGCGGUGGGAGCAGGAGCCGCAGCAGUACGGACAUUACUGUACCCACAGGCAGUUAUUAACCACCGAGGCCAAGGUGCAAGGAAUCGGUUGCUUCUCUGAUUGUGUCCCAGUUGGUACAAGAGGCCAGCGGUGGUGCCAACCUUCUCAAUGAGUGCCAGGAUCUCUAAGCAGCUGAGGCUGUCUGUGCCCCCUUGUCUGGCAAACAGGACCACUGCCUCCAACUCCAGCAGCUGCGUUACCGAGGUGGAACCCCUUCUUCAGUCCUUCUCCUCCACUCUGGUUCUGAUAGUCCUGGCGACCGUCAUUUUUUGCUUGGUGGUCCUAUCCCUGAGCACCUUCCAUAUGCACAAAAGCAAAAUGAAGAAGCGCAAAAUAGAGAAGGCUCAGGAGGAGUAUGAGAGAGACCACUGCAGCCCCAAGGCGGAGAGAGGCCACUUGCAUGGAAUGGGCAGAGGGGGCACCCAUGGCAGUCCUACCUCCCCUACCAUACAGAGGAAGGAGCACAUUCGCCUGGAUCUGGGUGCCAGUGUUAAUGAGGAGCCUCAGCUGGAAGCGUCAGGGUUGGACAGAGCUACAGAACACCUGCAGCAAUCCGUGGUCUUGUCAUGAUCCCGAUGCACAGAGAGGCGCUAAAUAUCCUGUACAUAUUGGGAGAAUUAAUUCCAACGAACUAUUUCAGCGCAUGAUCGAGACCACAUUGCGUUACCCAUGAUACGUGCGAUGAAAGGCUUCGCUUUUUUUUAUUCUUUUUCGGGGGGACGGAGCCGCACAAUGCUACCAAAUGUAAUGUCAUUCUGCCUGGGGGAAAUCCCAUUUGCUCUGUACAUAGAUCUCAUACAGGAUACCCGCAUUUCUCCUCCGCUAUAAGAUAUCUGAAGGUGAUUGAUACAGUAACACGACAGCCAAGCCACUCGCUGUUAGACACCAUCCACCAACACCAAAUCCCAGGGAUAUUACAGUGGGAUCCAGUGUCUGCUCUAUAAAGCACCAUUGUGGCUUGAGGCUUCCUAGAGAGAAUUCUCCAUAAAGAAACAGAUAAACUCGCUCAAGCAUAUAAUAACCCCCCUACCCCCAAAUCAUGUUACCUUUACUGAUAAUCUUCUUUUCUAAGUACAAUAUUUGCCUUGUGGAGCUUAAGCCCAGUAGUGGAGCGUACCAGCGCACUUUGCUUCUUGCCCCCCCCCCCCCCCCCCCCCCCCCCCCCCCGUUUGAUUUCUAUGGAGCUGUCCGCCGGUGCCGGUGCUGAAUGCCAGAAUGUCCUGCCUGCAGCCUCAGACCCACAUCUUUAUUCUGAAGGUUUCCCACAAGCACCUUUUGCUUCAUUCUCCGAACUGAUCCUGUUCAUGGAGAUAUACAGUCUUUUAUUUUUUUGUUAAAGCAUUAUUGGGUGAUGUGAAGUCCUGAAGUGCAGUUAUGCAGUUACCCAAUUUUUAUGUUUAAACAACAUGUGCCCUUAAGUUAACUCCUAAUUGGCACCGAGGCAAAACAUAGCUCUUGUACUAUGCACUCUCUCUCUCUCUGACAUAUGUUUAUGUUAUACUGCUACUGAUAUUGGAGGUUUCUCAGGAAACUGAGUUCGGUAGCAUGGAUUUAGCUUCUAUUGUUAUAGGAAUAAAUUUUCUAUCUUAA